UAAGAAAUUCUUUCCAGCCUCCACCAUAAAUAUUCAUGGUAUUUCCGCGUGUAUAAUGCAAGUAGCGGAGAAUAAUAUUUUUGUAAAAACUAGCAGAGACAUCACAGCCGCUAUAAGGAACACUUCGUGCAAUCGCGGAUGGCUCCAAGUUUUCACUCACAUCGUAUGCGGAGCCUUCACCGUCACGAGCUUCAUCUUGAUCUUAAUCGUCGCGUUUAACACUACCACAACUAAACCGGAGUCACGGUGUCAGCUCUCCGGUUGUCGUGUCACCUGCCAUGGGGCACCAUUUUACGAGGAAUAUGAGGACGACAUUGUGUUGGGUAUUGUGGCUGCAGGGGAGAAUUGUCACAGAGUAUUUUUGACUUUAAUGGAGCCCCGUUUUAAUAAUGAAUCACUGCCACAGAACUGGCUCACAAGACUACGGCCCGUGGUGGUCGAAAUCGGUAUUAUAGGCGGAAACCUUCAUCACAUCCCACAGAAUGUCUUCUCUGCUGCCUUCGCAAGAAAUUUGAGACUACUGUCAUUACAAGAAAUAACCAUCACAUCGUGGAGUCAACACGCAUUGCUAGGACUCGCAAACUUAGAAAACAUUUUUAUAAAGAAAUGCAAUAUUAUUGACAUGCAAGAAAAUUUUCUGUCUGCAGUGAGCCAAUCUUUAUCAACAUUAACAGUAGUUGAAAGUGGCUAUUGGAAUCCGGAAAAUCUUACAGGGUCCUCUCAAUUAGCGAGUUUUUCUAUGCUAACCUGGGUGGAUUUAUCAAGCAACGACUUCGGUGCUAAUUUAGGAAACACAAGCUUUACCAGAUUGAAGAAUUGCAAGUCACUAUACCUCGCUUCCAAUAGAAUCUCUUAUAUAGAACCGGGAACAUUUGAUAAUCUGAUUAAAUUGGAAUAUUUAAAUUUAAAUAAUAAUUUCCUAAACCGCAUAGAACCGGGUCUAUUUAAUGUCAUGACGUCAUUUUCCACGCCAAAAGUUAGAUUAAAUCUGGUAGAAAAUUGGUGGCAUUGUGAUUGCUCGGACAGGGAAUUAAGACGAUUAACAGCGCUCGCUAUACUAUUGGUAGAUCCGAUUUGCAACUCUCCCAAAUCUGUGCGAGGAAAAACGUUUUAUGAAUUUGUUGCUGAUUGCAAAGAAAAUGAACCAAAACAAAUAGUUGCUGUUGAUAUGCAACGUAAAAUUGUUGAAAAUGAAGAAUCGAGCAUAGAUAAAUUUAUGUGCGUCUCAAAAGCUUCUCUAGACGCUACGUCAAAAGUGAUAUCACCUUUUCACAACUAUCAUUGCUCAGUGAACGUCAUCAACUCUCUUUCUGAAGGUAAUUCUACAGUGACUGACUAUUAUAAUACUUCAAAAGACAGUUUAUGGGUCAAACCGGUUAUAAUUGUUAUAGGAGACAAUUUUACAAUGCUAGAGUUAAGUUUAUCAAGAACUGAAGGUCAUGGGCUUAUUUGGUAUCGAAAUUCAUGUGCGAAUGAAGUAUUUUGUGUAAACGUCUUGCCAGACACAAUUCGACUUUAUAAUAUAGAUAUUUAUAAUGACUAUACUUUUUGCCCUGUAGAUCUUAAAUCGGGUACUAUAGAAAGUUCUCAUUGUAUUGAUGUUUCGUCGAAUAACACAAGUCAUUCUUAUUUUAGAACAAGAUUAAUAUUAUUUCCUUUAAUAGCAGUUGCUUCUCUGUUCUGUGGGGCUUUCACACUGUACAUGCUUAUUCGAAAAUAUCCCUUUCUAUUGAAAGGAAGCAAAAGACUGCUAUUCGUGAAGCAUAAAACGGUGGAUGCAUUGGUAUUGCCACCGAAGGUACCUUUACGUGGAGUUCAAAGCAAUACUUUCUUGAAUAAUUCCAAAGAUUUUACAGACAUACAGACAUCUUUACAUCAUGAUUUCAUGCGUUCGGGUUCCGUGAGAAGUUGCCAUAGUAUCGCUCCAAGCUAUAUUUCCGCACUACACCCAACUGAAGAGCAACUAGCGGAUUGGCGCUUGAAACAUGCUAAUGAACGAUUUGACAGCCAUUAUGCUACGGUAUCCAUUAUCAGCUCCGAAGUGAUGUCAUUGUCAAGUAAUAGCGAUCACUUGUAUUACUCAAUUGAGGAUGAUUCGCCAAUCGUUAGCAUCAGUGAUCCGUUUAGUCAGAAUUUAGAAUAUGAACAUGUCAGUGUUUCUUGAUUUCCUUAUUAUAGAGCUAUAUUGGAGUGCCGUAAAUUUUCAUCACCGGAACCAGAGUACCUAUUCGGAACAGA